AUGCCGCCCCGUUACGAUUUUGAGAUCUUUAGCGACGCGUCAGAUUACAGGAAGAGGUGGACCUCAGCAGCAGACGAGGCACGAUCAAUCCUGGGACACAUUGAAUCCUCUCCUGAUUCGUUUCAGAAGGAUCCCGAAGCCAUUCUCGAAAGUCUAAACGCCUUUUGGGUCCUUGUUCUGGCAGGUGUUGGGGAUGCUACAUUGUUCGGGUCCGUACAUCCAGACGAGGACGUACGAGAAGAGGCUCAAAAGUCUGAAACAGAGUUCAAAAAGCUCAUCACCGAGCUGGGUAUGAGCAAGUCAGCAUAUGAAGCGGUAAAUGCCAGUCAGACCAGUGGUCGGAUCCAGGAUGACAUUACGCACUUUUGGAUGGACAAGAUGCUCAAAGAGUACCGUAGAGAGGGAGUGGAUAAGGAUGACGCGACCAAGGAAACGAUCAAGCGGAUCAAGGAGGAGAUUGACAGUCUCAAAACUCAAUUUGACAAAAACCUCGCUCAGGAUAGUCGAGAGAUAUUCGUCGAUCCGGAGCAACUUGACGGAUUACCAGAAGACUUUAUCAAACGGCACCCCGUCGGAACAGAUGGGAAAGUCAAGAUCACCACCAACAGACCAGAUCUGAUACCGUUCCUCAAUUACAGUCGUGAUUCCAAAGCUAGGGAAGCGCUGUACCGAGCGAAUGCCAACAGAGGAUAUCCACAAAAUGGCCAAGUGAUGCUGGACCUAUUCACCAAGCGACAAGAACUCGCUUCGCUACUCGGUUUUGCGAAUCACGCAGAUCAUCGACUGGAGCCUGAAAUGGUAGAGAACGGGACCAAUGCGCAAGACUUUAUCGACAGGAUAGAUAGUCUAUCGAGGGAACGAUUGAAUCGCGAUCUCGAAGAAUUGGCAGAAGUCGGAGGUUACGCUGAACCGAAAGCAGUACCCGCUUGGGAUGCUCAGUAUCUCGCAAUCAAAGUUCAGAACACGAAAUACGGAUUCGAUGCCUCUUCCGCUCGCCAGUACUUCCCUUUUGGCAGAGUCCGAGACGGAGUUUUGGCAAGUAUGGAGAAGCUCUUCAACGUCAAGUUCGAAAAACGCACAGACGUUCCAGUAUGGCAUGAAGAUGUCGUAGCGUACGAGCUCUUAGCCCAAGGGCGAGUGCUUGGUCGCUUUUACCUCGACCUCCACCCUAGAGACAACAAGUACAAACACGCAGGCAUGUUCACCAUUCGAUGUGGAUCUCGAGACAUCUUGCCGGAAGCUAGUUUGGUCUGCAAUUUCGUCCAAGGGGAAGACGCCCUGAUGGAGCACGUCAAUGUCAAGACCUUCUUCCACGAAUUUGGUCACUUGUUGCACCAUAUAUUUGCCUCUGGUCAGAGAUGGACAAAAAUAGCUGGGAUAUCCUGUGAUUGGGACUUUAUCGAGGCACCGAGUCAAAUGCUGGAGGAGUGGGCUUAUGAUCCUGAGACCCUGAAGUCAUUCGCUGUCUCCGCUCAGGGACAAACGAUCCCCGACGAGGUGAUCCGAGGGCUUGGACAAAGUCGUCGGGCUGGACGCGCUUCAACGAUCGCCAAGUCAAUUUCGUUGGCAGCGUUAGCACUGCGUCUCCAUCAGUUGGACAAGUACCCUCUGGAUUCGAUUGACGACAUUGAUAAGUCGACGCAGAUCUGUGUCGAUCGCUAUGGUCCACACAAAUAUGUCCCAGAUACACAUCAGGCUUUCCAAUUCACACAUCUUUCCGCCUACUCCGCAGCGUAUUAUUGCUACAGGUGGUCUCAAGUGAUCUCACUCGAUCUGUUCACACAAUUUGCCGAAAAGGGACUUUAUGAUCCAUCGACAGCACAGAGAUAUCGCAAAACGGUCCUCUCAGCUGGAGGCCAGGAUAGGGCCAAGAACUUUGUGGCCGAGUUCUUGGGUCGACCCCAUAGCUUUGACGCAUUGCUGGCGUAUUUGAAUGACUAA